ACUUUCUAGCUAAUUCAAGGUACUGCUUGGUGGUGUGGAACAAUUAUUUUGAAAUUUCUGACAUCUAAAAUCAUGGGAGUUUCAGAUCAUAUUCGCCUGAGUGAUCUUAUAGCAGCCAGAAUCUUGAGGUAUACAGAUUUUGAUACUUUAAUAUACACCUGUGCUCCAGAAUUUGACUUCAUGGAAAACGCGACUCCACUGAGAUACACAAAGACAUUAUUGCUUCCAGUUGUUAUGAUGAUUACUUACUUUAUCUUUAAAAAGACUGUUCAUGAUAUUUUGUGUGUCUUAUCUGCAAACACUUAUCUAAGAAAACAGCUCCUUGAACAUGGUGAGCUGGUUUUUCACACAUUGCAGUUGUUAGCAUUCACUGCCCUUGCCAUUUUAAUUAUGAGGUUGAAGAUGUUUUUGACACCACACAUGUGUGUUAUGGCUUCCUUGAUAUGCUCCCAACGGCUCUUUGGCUGGCUUUUUUGCAGAGUUCGUUUUGAGAAUGUUAUCUUUGGCAUUCUAGCAUUGAUGUCAAUACAAGGUUGUACAAACCUCCAUAGUCAAUGGAGCAUAAUCGGAGAAUUUAAUAAUAUACCUCAGGAAGAACUUAUUCAGUGGAUAAAAUACAAUACAAGACCAGAUGCUGUUUUUGCAGGUGCUAUGCCUAUAAUGGCAAGUGUUAAGCUGUCUACACUUCAUCCCAUUGUGAAUCAUCCACAUUACGAGGAUGCAGACUUGAGGGCCCGGACAAAAAUAGUUUAUUCUGUAUAUAGUCGAAAAUCUGCGAAAGAAGUGAGAGAUCAGUUGUUGGAGUUACAUGUGAAUUAUUACAUUUUAGAAGAGGCGUGGUGUGUUGUGAGAACUAAGCCUGGUUGCAGUAUGCUUGAAAUCUGGGAUGUGGAAGACCCUUCCAAUGCACCUAACCCUCCCUUAUGUAGUGUCUUGCUCAAGGAUGCGAGGCCUUACUUCACCACAGUGUUUUACAAUAGUAUGUACAGAGUAUUGAAGGUGAACUGAGAAUGAGACUAUCCAUUUCACUGUAGUAAGAUGAAGUGUGCCAAAAAUAAUCACUUUUUGGCUUAUGCCUAUUAAUAAAAAACACAAGCUUUAAUAAGGGAUGCUUAAAAUAAGAUUAAAAUGAUUUAAACUUUUCUAAUUUACUAAAGGUAAAUUACUUCAUUUUUUCAAUGAAUGUCAACCUUAUUAAGCCUAUCAUAUAAAUUAUUAAAUCAUAUUGAAUAAACAAACAUUCAUCUUAGCGUUUUAAGGAAAAACAUAUAUAAAAGAAAAACAAUUUUAAUAAAUCAAA